CUCAUGCCUCUCUCUCGAUGUCUGAUCUCCCGCCUCCUCCCCCACCUACAUCUGGCCCAGGAACACCCAUGCCACCCGACAUGACCAGACCCCUCAAUGUCACCGAUGCGCUCAGCUACUUGGACGCGGUCAAGAUCCAGUUUCAGGACAGGCCAGACGUGUAUAAUCAGUUCUUGGAUAUAAUGAAGGACUUUAAGGGCCAAGUGAUCGAUACCCCUGGUGUUAUUGAACGAGUGUCUAUGCUUUUCCACGGGAACCCCUACCUCAUACAAGGAUUCAAUACUUUUCUUCCUCCGGGCUACCAUAUCAACUGUACCACCGACCGUCAGGACGUCAACCACAUCACCGUCACCACGCCAAACGGAAUGAUCACAUCUUCGACCAAUUCCAUGUCGAAAGCUGCCCUCUUGACCGUUCCUCCAUUGGCACCCACCCCUAUUGUGGCCUACCCCGCUAUGCUUCCGCCCAUGUCUGCUCCUGCUUCGCGUACGGGAACACCGCACGCCAUGUCCGGGCGUCCUCCUCUACCUCAACAACACAUGCAACAGGGCUAUUACGAUGGGCCACAACCUCCGCAGCCCUAUUCUCCAAACAUGCAAGGCGCAUCUAUGCCCGGUAAUGUGAGCACGAAGUCACAGGUAGAGAUCACAAGAGCACCGCCCACUAGCGAGUUUGACCAUGCCAUUCAGUUCUUGAAUAGGAUCAAGACUAGGUACCCCGAUGGUCCCAACGCGAACACGUACAAACAAUUCCUGGAGAUACUGCAGAUAUAUCGGAAGGAGCAGACAAAUCUGUUCAAGGAUCCUACGACGUAUCAGCAGAGGGAGAAGCAAAUGAUGACCGAUGUGUACGCUCAAGUUCAACUCCUGUUCAAGGACGCCCCCGAUCUGUUAGGCGAAUUCAAGAAGUUUUUGCCCGAGCUUAUGGGAGCGACCGGUAUGGACGCCAAUCACCUCGCUGGGAUAAUGCCUGCCAUCGCCUCUGGAUCGAAUAGUGGAUGGCCCGCAGAACCCAUUGCCUCCUCCUCGACCGCACCCAAAGGCACGGUACCACCAUCCAGAAGACGAAAGCGAGAACCCGCGCAAAAGGACACGCCGCAAAGCAAGGCGGAACCUGGGCGCCAGGAUAGUCGAAAGAAGCCUCGAGUGAGCAAACAGCCCGCGAAAGGACGUCCUCCGUCGCCUGAGUUCGCUGCAUACCGCAACGCGCCCACGCCACCGCCACUCCCGCCGCUUGGCCCAGGUUCCGUCGUUCAUCCCAACCUGGCACCAUACCCGCCUUCAUACCCAGGUCCUCCUCAGCUCUCGACACCGGGGCUCUCGCACGCCCAGAUGGCCAACACGAUGUCAGUGCCUUCCCAACAAGGAGAAGACCCGUUCAGCAAGGAAGUCGCCUUCUUCGGCCACCUCAAACAAGCUCUCCCGGCGGCCGAGCAUGAGGACUUUGUGAAGCUGUUGGGUCUGUACAAUGCGGACAUCAUCGACAUGAAGACGUUGAUGACACAGGCGGAUACGUUUAUUGGCCAUCUCGCGGGUGAUCUCUUGGGCCAGUUCAAGCAGAUCUGUAAGUGGGACGAAAGGAGGAGUGGCGUCGGUAGGGUCGAUCUUGGGCCACCAGGAAGUGUGAGGACUGGUCCGCCGGAGCCGAUUCCGUUUAUGGCUGAUAAGGGGCAAGGACCUAGUUAUCGGAGGUUGCCCGAGAGCGAGGCGAGACUUGCAACGUCUGGACGCAGCCAGCUCGGUCGUUCUGUGCUCAAUGACGAAUGGGUGUCACAUCCUACGUGGGCGUCCGAAGAGGCGGGCUUUGUAGCUCACAAGAAGAACAUCUUCGAGGACCUCAUCCAUAAAACUGAGGACGAACGACACGAGUACCAGAUUCACCUCGAGGGCAUGGCCCGUACCAUCGCGAUUCUCGAGCCGUUGAAUGCCCGGAUCGAGGAACUAUCGGCGGAGGAACGGGCGACGUUCAAACUUCCUCCCGAUCUCGGCGGUCAGAGCAAGGCAAUCUAUCAGCGGACUCUCAAGAAGGUGUACAACAAAGACCAGGGUGCGGUGAUGUACCAGGCUCUGUUGGACAACCCGAUCGCUGCCGUCCCGGUCGUGCUCGCACGUCUGAAGCAGAAGAACGAGGACUGGAAGCGGGCACAGAGGGAGUGGGGCAUAUUCUGGCGGCAGAUGGAGGUGAAGAACUUCUACAAGUCGCUCGACCACAUCGGGAUCAACUUCAAGGCGAACGACAAGAAGAACAUCACCGCAAAGUCGUUCGUGACGGAGAUCGAGACGCUGAGGAAAGAGGCGCUCGAGUCGGGCGAGUCUUUCAAGGAGAGGAAGACGAUGCCGGCCUGUGCGAUAUGGCCGCCUGGUCCGCAGCUCACGUAUGGCUUCGAGGACACAGAGGUCCUGCACGAUUCGCUCAAGAUGGUUUAUUCCUAUUUGGAUCACAACCCGCAGGUGUAUAGUUUGCAGGAGAGGAGGAGCGUCGAGAGGUUCCUGCGCUCGUUUGUGCCUACGCUCUUCAUGGUCCCCAUUCCGGAGUUUAGCGCGGCAUGUGGGUCCACGGACGUCGGCAUGGACGACGACGACUCAAGCGACGAGCAGACCAUGAACGACACGGAAGGGUUCUCCGAGGAUGCGCAGCGGGGAGGGAAACAAGCCGGUAGCGCGCCACAGGUGAACGGGAGCGGUGCUGGUGGGGUUAAUCCUGGACACCUGCGCAAGAAAUUGCUGAAGACUGCCGGGAGAAGUCAAGGGGGCCAGAGAGACACGCCGUCUGCGGUUGGUUCGAGGUCUGGGUCUCCCAUCGCUGUUGAUGCUGCUGCGCUCCCUGCAGCCGCUACGACCAGCACCUCUCACGACGCCGCAGACUCGAUACAGCAGCAGAGACCUGCGCCACCGAGGGCGAAGGAUGUGUGGAUACGUGAGAGUUUGCCGGAUGGGGACAGCGUGGUAUGGGACUCUCAUGUGGAUCGAAGGCCGUUCUUCGCCAAUACGACGCUCUAUACCUUGUUGAGGUUAUUGCAGCUGGUGUACUCGCGCCUGGAGAUGUGCAAGAAGAUCGGCGCCGGAUUCGCAAAGUCAGAUUACCGAUACCUGCUGGCCAACCCGGUCGCGCUCAGGCUGGGCCUAGAGGAUCCUCAAGGGCCGUCGGUAAUCUUGGAGCAAAUGUUAACGACGCUGGGAGGACGGGACUUAGGCGACUCUAAUUUCGUCUACAUUUACCUCCUCGAAGCGUGCGAGAAGCUAUUCGACAACGAGAUGGACCUUACCACGUUCGAGGAGCAAAUGAGGUGGUUCUUCGGGACGAGGGCUUACCACCUGUACACGCUGGACAAAGUUAUCGCUGCGUUGAUCAAGCAGGUGCAGACGGUCGUUUCGGACAACAAAUGUCAGGAGCUAUGGGAUUUGUUGCGCAAGACGCGACAGGAGAAGGAACUGACUCGCCAGGACGUCAUGCGCUACCGACGAGAGGCAGCGAAACAUGUCGGAUCGGACGAUAAUUUGUACCGAGUGGAAUGGGAUGCCACGGCGAAGGAGGUUCGUAUUCAGUUGGUGGGCCCGGACGAGGGGAGCGUGGAAGAGACGAGGUCGGGGGUGACCCGGUGGCGGCAGUACGUGGAGAGCUAUGUGCUGGAGCACGCCACGGAGUGGGUGGGGCGAGGAAGCGAGGGUAGAAAGGGGCGAGGAUCGAGGCCAGUGUUCAUGAAGAGGCUGCUGAAGACGGAGGGCGAGGGGGGCGCGGAGGAUGCCGGGGUGGUCGUCGAGGACGGACUUGCAGUGCGGGUGAGCCUGGGGAGCUACAAGGUGUUCUUCGAGGGCUUCGAGUGUCUGUAUCGGCGUUGAGGGCGUUGAGUCGAUGUACUAUUGUUAGCGUUUGAGAGUAAAUAUAGGCUGUGCUAUACUUAGCAGCCGGUUGGGUAAGCGG